AUGGGCGGAAGGAGGAGGAGGCUUGUCUCAGCGCUUCCUCUCUCUCUCUCCCUCUUGCUUUUCGCAUGUGCCAGCUGGAUCUCCCAACGGGAUGAGCGCGUCACUUCACUCGGGGCAAACUCAGCACCAUGGUACUACCCGGCACGUAGCCAGAGCACAGCUGGCCUGAUGCCCGGUGCAGAGCAGUACUACAACCCGGACGUCGAUCCUAAGGAAGCUGAAGCGGCGAUCGGGUCUCCGUCGCAGAUGCAGGACAUCCUACAGAGAAUGACGAGGGAACUAACGACGGACACCAUGGAGAUUGCGAACCUAGAUCAUCGAAUCGCCAUCGUCAGAGCCAAUAACAAGUUCCUCGCUGACAAGUACCAAGGACUGCUCAACCUGCAGGUCAAACGCGGUCCUCCUGGUCCGCAGGGGAUGCCUGGUCCGGGAUUUCCAGGGUUGCCUGGGCCGCCGGGUGAGAAAGGACCACCCGGCAAGGCAGGGAAGGAAGGGGCUCCUGGAGAGGAGAGUGGGGAGUCAGGUCCGCCAGGGCCUCCAGGAGAAGAGGGAGCGCCGGAGGCAGAAGGCGAACCUGCUGAGGAGUCGUUGUCUUCAGCAAGAGGGAAAGUGUUGUUGCGACUGAAGUCGAAGAGACAAGCUCUGGUGAAGGAGAUCCAGGCGGCAGGGCGCUACCGCGAUCAGAUGAACGACAUUCAGAGCUACAACAUUAUUCAUCCAACAAGCUUCAGGCGGAACGAAGCAAACAAACGAGUGAUUGAAAGCAAGGCUCCUCCUCCUUACUGGACAAAGGAAGGAAUCGAGAUGGUUCCUGUCUUUGUUCCAGACAAAUGA